AUCGGAUAGGGACGCAGUAGCAUUAUCAGCACACAGCAAAACAUUUUGACAUACAUAUUUUUUUAGUAUAUAUACAUUUAUAUAGCGCAAGAGCUCAAUCAUUUCGUCGUUAUUAGAAGUAACACAAAUAAGUUGCAUUGUGUUCGUGCAAUAACGAGUUGCAAUCAAUCAAAAACAACUGGUUCAAUAGCAAUUAAGUAUUAAGUGCAAAUAAUGGCCAUUCAAAGCAAAAUAUUGGAUCCAUUGUGCGUCAGUUGUCAGGAAUUUCAGCAUCCAUGGACAAACAAAUGUGUGAAUGCCACCGCUGGCAUCUUGCUUUCGGCCACGCCCUACUGCCUACGUGUAUACACGAUCGUUUACGCCUUCUCGCUGCUCAUGCGUCACCGUGUCCCUACGUUGGAGGAUCUAAAGCGCACUAUUCAGGGCAUAAUACAAUCAACAGCUUUUCUAGUGACAAAUGCCUACACAUUCAUACUCUACAAUUGCCUCAUACGUAAUCUGCUCGGACGCUAUUAUUUUGGCACCGUGGCCUUUGUGCCCUCGUUCCUAUCAUCGCUCACAGCCAUACUGGUAGAGCGUCCGGCACGCCGUCCACUGCUCACACUGUAUGUGGCCAAUGUAGCCACCGAAGCACUUUGGAGAAUGGCCGAAUCACGCAACUGGGUGCAUUCUAUUUCACAUGGACAGACGUACAUUUUUGGUGCCAGCAUUUCGAUACUUUUGUACCUAUACCGCAUGGGCACAACUAACGAUUCCAUUUUCAAUAUACUACGCAUCUUUGUGGGCAGGGAGGAGGCGGGACCAAUUGCCAAGCCAGAGCCGAUUAGGGACGAGCAACCAGCUCCGUCAAGACGUCGACCAACUGUACGAUUUUCCACAAUUGCCGACUGGGUAAAUGUCUACAGUAAUCUCAUCCGUGGCAAACAUGACAGCUGUCGCCAUAAGACCAGCUGUUGUAGCUACGCCGUAUUCGGCGGAUUGCGACCUUUUAUCGGAGGUGUUGGCCUACAGGUGGCUCUGAAGCUGGUCAUGAACUUUAAGACUAUCGCACAAGGUCGCAUGCUGUGGAAGAAGCAAAUCUUUAAUCAGAGCACGCUGCAACUCGGCAUCUUUAUGGGCAGUUUCUCAUUUCUCUACAAAUCGGUUUCUUGUCUGUUGCGACAUUGCUUCAAUGGCGAUAAAGCCACUUUUGCCAUACCCGCUGGUUUGAUUGCUUCGUUCACAUUUAAACUGUAUCCAGACAAUACAGUUGCCUUGUACGUCAUGUGGAAGGCGCUACAAAUACUCUGCGGCAUUGGUCAGGAGAAUGGCAUAGUCCCGCACAUACCCAACUUUAUGCUCUAUCUUUAUGCCUUCUUCACCGCGGUGCUUUUCCAUGCGGGCAUUAUGGAGGCGCAAUCGUUGCGACCCAACUACUACAAAUUUCUCCAAGCGAUAUCGGGCGAGAGACUCAACAAAUUCAACUUGAACGCCUUUGAUGUAUUCGGUCUAAACACUCAAGGGCAAACAGAUGAGAUGCUGAAGAGCCUGAAAAUCCUGGACAAGACAUCAUUGCCGUCGUUCUCGUUUGCCUCAUGAGCUAAUCACAGCGUUCGGAUGGAACUAAAACGUGCCUAAACAAAUAUAUAAAUUUAUAAAGUGUUUAGAAUAAGUCUCUCAGCACUCAAAGUGCGCAUAUCCAGCGUUCGAUACGCCUCUCUUUCUAUUUAAACCAUGCGAUGUAUAUAUGUAUGUAUUUACUAUGUAUAACUAAUUGUAAGUCAGUCUAUAUACCAUAUGUUAUGGGCCCCCACUCACUGGCCGCACUCCGAUUAACUAAUGACCGAUCUAUUUAGUAUUGAGGUGUAUUGACUGUUUUUGUUUUUGGUAAUUGAUUUUAAUAAAAAAAAAUAUGCGAAACACAAGAA